ACAGAGAGAGAGGGGACGGGAAACGGGGCGGGGGGCGCGCGCAAGGACUGAAAAAAGAAAAAAAAAGGAACGGAACGCGAGCAGAGCACCGUGAUGUAUUAGGGCGCUCGCGAGCACCCCCCAAAAAAGACUGCACCUGGAGGCGAAAAGGCGCUGCUUUCCGAGAUUACGCGUAAAUAUCGCGUCACCCUGAGGUCGAAGCAAGGAGAUUAUCCCGGAGAAGAGCGAGCGAGGGGGGCUGGAAACGGAGCUCCAAUCCCGGAUGGCUAGGCGCGGCUGCUCGCGCUCUCUCCCACCCUGACCCGGGAGAGACACGCAAGGACCGCGGGGAAGCUCCAGGGCUCCACAUGAACCCAACCGGAGCCUGUUAACCCGCGAUCACCCUCUCUGCCGUCUUAUAUCUCGGCCUGUUUUCCGCCGAAACGGGAAUCUUGUCUGGCGCACGGGACCGACCAUAAACAAACAAGGCAGCCGCUCGGGUGGGAGAGUGUUCAGCAAGCGUCCUCCGAAGGGUGUGAGUCUGUGUUGUUUUACGCGUUUUUUAGCGCAUUACGGAACCAUCAGCUUGUACUGUAAGCGCGAGUGUGUGUCUCUGUGUGAAUUUGCGUGUGUGUGAGAGACACAGUAUUCUGAUAUGGCUGUACAAGACUGAGAGUCCAAGGAGCCAGCGGCAUUAUGGCAUGUAGCAGGACUGUGCAGUGACCCUGCUCAUUGGAAGGAAACACACUGUGUACAGGAGCAGGAACAGGCAGACUAGUCUAAACACACGCACACACACACAUUCAUCUUUGUAUACACACACAUCCCAGGAGCCUGCAGCCAUGCCUGUGUUCAGUGGCCUAUUGAAGGUGCGAGUGUGUGAGGCAGUGGACCUGAAGCCCACCCCGUGGGCCCUCCGUCAUGCUGUGGGGAAGAGCGGCUCCUUCCUGCUGGACCCCUACCUGGCCCUGAAUCUUGACCAGACCCGGCUUGGCCAGACCGCCACCAGGACCAAGACCAACAGCCCCGCCUGGCACCAGGAGUUCUGCACUGAGGUCCGAGAGGGAAGGAGUCUGGAGCUGUCUGUUUUUCACGAUGCCCCCAUCGGAUACGAUGACUUUGUGGCCAAUUGCACCAUCCAGCUGGAGGACCUGCUGCAGAACGGCACCAGACACUAUGAAGACUGGAUUGACUUGGAGCCAGAGGGGAAGGUGUACGUGGUCAUUGAUUUGUCCGGAUCCUCUACUGAAGCCUCGGGAACCAACGAGAAUGAGGAACGAGUGUUUCGAGAGAGGAUCGGCCCUCGCCGUCGUCAGGGUGCCGUCCGAAGACGCGUCCAUCAAGUCAAUGGACACAAGUUCAUGGCCACCUACCUGAGACAACCAACCUACUGCUCACAUUGCAGAGAUUUUAUCUGGGGUGUGCUCGGGAAGCAGGGAUACCAGUGUCAGGUGUGUACGUGUGUCGUCCACAAGCGCUGCCAUGAGCUCAUCAUCACCAAGUGUGCCGGGAUGAAGAAGCAGGAGGACACGCCUGAGGAGGUGGGUUCACAACGGUUCAGUGUUAACAUGCCCCACAAGUUCAGUAUCCACAACUACAAGGUUCCCACCUUCUGUGACCACUGUGGCUCCCUGCUGUGGGGCCUCAUGAGGCAGGGCCUGCAGUGCAAAGUGUGUAAGAUGAACGUGCACAGACGCUGUGAGACCAACGUAGCUCCUAACUGUGGUGUGGACGCCCGAGGAAUCGCCAAGGUCCUGUCUGACCUGGGAGUCACGCCCGACAAGAUCUCCAACACCGCACAGCGCAGGAGGAAGUUGACUCCAGGGCAGGACCCUCCCCAGUCUCCUCCUGAGCUCUCCCAGCCCGAGGACAACAGCUUCAGCCAGCCAGCUGUCCCCACCUCCCCCUCACAGCAGGACUUGGCAGGGUUAGAUCGCCUGCAGGACACGCUGUCACUCGACCAGCAGGGACCCCAACACUCCUCAGCCUCGUCCUCCUCUUCCUCCUCCUCCACCACCUCCUCUUCCUCCUCGUCCUCCUCCUCGGCAGGCAGGGAGAACGGACAGAUCCAGAGAAGGAGCCUCAAGGACUUCAACUUUAUCAAGGUUCUCGGCAAAGGCAGCUUCGGCAAGGUGAUGCUAGCGGAGCUGAAGGGGACGGAGGAGGUUUAUGCAGUCAAAGUUUUGAAGAAGGACGUAAUUCUUCAGGACGACGAUGUGGACUGCACCAUGACCGAGAAGCGCAUCCUGGCCCUCGCCCGCCGACACCCCUACCUCACCCAGCUGUACUGCUGCUUCCAGACACGGGACCGUUUGUUUUUUGUAAUGGAAUAUGUGAACGGAGGAGACUUGAUGUUCCAGAUUCAGCGAUCCAGGAAGUUUGACGAGCCUCGCUCUCGUUUCUACGCCGCCGAAGUCACCUCAGCCCUCAUGUUCCUGCACCGUAACGGGGUUAUCUACAGGGAUCUGAAGCUGGAUAACAUCCUGUUGGAUGCAGAAGGUCACUGUAAGCUGGCAGACUUUGGCAUGUGCAAAGAGGGCAUCAUGAACGGAGUGACCACCACCACCUUCUGCGGCACCCCCGACUACAUCGCCCCCGAGAUCCUGCAGGAGCUGGAGUACGGGGCCUCUGUGGACUGGUGGGCCCUGGGGGUGCUGAUGUAUGAGAUGAUGGCCGGACAGCCUCCGUUCGAAGCUGAUAAUGAAGACGACUUGUUCGAGUCGAUUCUCCACGACGACGUCCUUUACCCCGUGUGGCUCAGCAAGGAAGCUGUUUCUAUCCUCAGAGCGUUCAUGACCAAGAACCCGGCCAAGCGUCUGGGCUGCGUGGUGAGCCAGGGCUGUGAGGAGGCCAUCAAGACCCACGCCUUCUUCAGAGAGAUCGACUGGGUCCUGCUGGAGCAGAGAAAAGUCAAACCACCCUUUAAACCCCGGAUUAAGACCAAGCGAGAUGUGAAUAACUUUGACCAGGACUUCACCAAGGAGGACCCUGUGUUGACGCCCACGGACGAGGCCAUCAUCCGACAGAUCAACCAGGAGGAGUUCAAAGACUUCUCCUACUGCGCCCCCGAGGAGACGCAGACCUAACACACACACACACACACACACACACACACACACACUGAUCCAACAACACUAAACCUGGCACGCACGUAUGCACACACUGCUGACCAUCAAUCCCUUUACAAACCACACACACAAGCACACACACACACACACACACACACACACACAGUCACUCCUUUACUUUGAAGCUAUUGGUUGUUGUUACUUUUGAAAUAUCCUUUACUUGCAUUGUGUUGUUCUUGUUGCCUGGGUUUAUUAUGAAUAUAAAUAUGACUAUUACUAUGAAUAUGAAUAUGACUAUGAAUAUGAAUAUACACACCUGCUCACGCUCUCACACACAUUUAAGGUGGAUUUACACCCAAACGCACACACAUGCACACUACGACUCCAAGUUUUACUCACAAACACGCUCUCACACGGCUAGCUGCACAUGCACACAUAAACACACUCACACACACACACACACACACACUGCUUCUCUCCCCUGCACCCAUGUGGACUGUACAGUAGGUGCUGGGUGCAGAGGCCUGUAUAUAGCCUGUGUUGAGUGGCUGUAUCGUGUUGGUGUUGUUGUCUGCUAGUAAAGGAGAAUCGUGGCGCAUGGACAAGCACCCUACCUGUGUUAUUACUGUCCUUAUUGUGGACCAGUUAGGGCCAAAUACCCUUUGUGCAAUACCCUGACUAUCUAUAUAUUUUACAGUUUGUUUUGUUCAUGUGUUAUUUUGGUCUUUUUUUUUUCUCCUCAAAAUGUGUGUUUUGGGUGUUUUUGUUUGUUUGUUUUGUUUUUUUGAUCGUGGAAUGAUUGAAAUUUUGCUCUCAUGUUCACCUCCAUGCCCUCCUCCUCCUCCUCCUCCUUCUCCUCCUCUUCGUCCUGUCUCGUGUGUGUAUAAAACGAAUGUCGAGCUUAAAAGUUACAGGCUAUUGAACUAAUUAUGUGGAGCGGAGUGUCACAGGCGGCCUGUGUAGCAGUUAAAAAAGCCCGAUUUCCAGCUAUUUCACCCAUCUGCUAGUUUCAGAGCCCUUCGGCGUCUGCCCGGCCGGCGUGAAUGUGCUGGCCCGUGGGAGUUAAUCUGUCGUGAGUGUACAUUUUCGUACGUGUGAAUGCGUGAUGCGUUUUUUUUUUCUUUCCCUCUCUUCCCUGUCGGUGUGUGACUUUUCGUCCUCAGCAUUUCUGUUUCUAUAGUUACCAUCAGUGUUUUCGCCCCCCCUCCAAAGCACCAAUUCCCCUUUCCCUGCUUCCAGCAGCCGUCUCACUCAGCCAAAACCACCUGCUUUUUCUGACUUUUCUGCUUUUUUCAAGAAUGGCAUUUCUUUCUUAUUGUCUUUCUUUUUUAUUGUAAUUAUUAUUAUUAUUAUUAUUAUUAUUAUUAUUAUUGUAAAGUGUAUCUGGAGGAAACCUUUGUGUAUCAUACUAUAACUAUACUAUCAUAGGUCUGUUACAGCCGGUUGAAAAAGAAAUGUGGAAAACCAGCAGCUGAAUUACCUCUUAUUUCAAACACACACAGACGAAACACACACAUUCAGCCUCUCUCCUUUGCCUCCUCCUCCUCGUCCUCCCUUCCUCUUCUCACUCUCUUUCUUACAGACACACACACUUGCACACAUAGAGAAGGACUGUCGUCGCAUGUACUGUACAGUGAUCUGAAGGCGAGCUGGUUUGCUCUGUGUGCAGUAGAGUCGGUGUGUAGUGAAGCUUUGUGCACCCAGGGGUAGGGCUGUUCCUGGUCACACUAUCUUACUCUGUGCCAAAAUGUAGUGCAACAGCCGGGCUAGUCCUGUCUGGUCUGAUUCCAAUAAAACACUGAGCUGUCUACAUCACUCCCAGA